UGUGAGUGAGAGAGAAGGGAUCUUCAGUGUGUGUGCUGUGUGUGUGUGAGAGAGAGAGAGGUCCUCUUGUGUGGUGAGAGAGGGCUGCGUUCAGAGCUGCGCUCCCCAGGACUCUGCGCGUGUUCGCGUUGUUUGUUCUCAUUAUUUUGGGGUGGCGGGGGGGAUUGUUUUUGCGGAAAAACCGAAUACACAAAGCAACAGCGGCAGCAGUCAAAGAGUUCCACGCGGAGCGAUUGAAGAGGAGCUCGAGGCGAGCCUGGAGUUUGUGCGCUCCGUGUGGACGAGCGAGGGAGCCAGCCAGCCGCCCUGCACGCCACAGCCAUGGGCUGUACCAUGAGCAACGAAGACAAAGCUGCGGUGGAGAGGUCCAAGAUGAUCGACCGCAAUCUUCGGGAGGACGGGGAGAAGGCGGCGAAGGAGGUCAAACUCCUCCUGCUCGGUGCCGGUGAAUCUGGCAAAAGUACCAUCGUCAAACAGAUGAAGAUUAUCCACGAAGACGGCUACACGCCUGAGGAGUGCCUGCAAUACAAGGCCGUGGUGUUCAGCAACACCAUACAGUCGAUCAUCGCGAUCAUUCGCGCCAUGGGCAACCUCCGCAUCGAGUUCUCCGACAUGAGCCGAGCGGACGAUGCGCGGCAGCUGUUUGAGUUGGCGAGCACGUCGGAGGAGGUGGCGCUCACGCUGGAGCUCGCUGGGAACAUCCAGCGGCUGUGGAUGGACGAGGGUGUGAAGACCUGCUUCGGUCGUGCCAACGAGUACCAGCUCAACGACUCGGCUGCGUACUACCUCAACGACCUGGAGCGGAUCUCACGACCCGACUACGUGCCAACGCAGCAGGAUGUGCUGCGCACGCGCGUCAAGACCACGGGCAUCGUGGAGACGCACUUCACCUUCAAGGACCUCCACUUCAAGAUGUUUGACGUGGGUGGGCAGCGCUCCGAGCGGAAGAAAUGGAUCCACUGCUUCGAGGGCGUCACCGCCAUCAUCUUCUGCGUCGCCAUGAGUGCCUACGACCUGGUCCUGGCCGAGGACGAGGAGAUGAACCGCAUGCAGGAGAGCAUGAAACUCUUCGACAGCAUAUGCAACAACAAGUGGUUCACAGAGACGUCCAUUAUCCUCUUCCUCAACAAGAAGGACAUCUUCGAGGAAAAGAUUGCCCUCUGCCCCAUCACCUCGUGCUUCCCCGAGUACACGGGCCCCAGCACGUACGAGGCGGCCUCGUCCUACAUCCAGAACCGCUUCGAGGACCUCAACAAGCGCAAGGACACCAAGGAGAUCUACUCACACUUCACCUGCGCCACCGACACCAAGAACGUGCAGUUCGUCUUCGACGCCGUCACCGACGUCAUCAUCAAGAACAACCUCAAGGACUGCGGCCUCUUCUAGAGCCGCGAGCGCCCGCCUCCACACACACCACCCCCCCGCACCCCGGUUUGCUCGCGCGUCCGCCCUGCGACCAACCGGCCGCACGAGCCAAACAAGUCAAGUGACCUUCUACCACUCUCAACGUGUUUCACAAAACGACGGUGACCUUGCGCAGUCCUGACCGCAAAAACUUCAGGCUCUAAAAUCCUGCGACACUAUCUACUUCUGAUGACCGGUGCCCCCCCCACCUCCUCCCACUCUCACACGGCACCCCCACCCCCUCUCUCUUUGGAUAUUUAUAGCAUUCGGCCUGUAGAUGAAAGUGUCUGUAAAAUAGCGUGAUGUGACGGAAGCUGGUUCUUGACCAAAUGCCUGGAUCUCCGCGCGAGUGUUUUAUUUUUUUCUCUCUCUCUCUCUCACUCUCUCGAAGUUUACCGUACUUCUGUGUACUGUCCUUCAACGAAAGUAUAUUAUUUUUUACUGUGGGGAAAGCAGACAGGCUUGAAAAUGAAACCUAAAUAACAUUCGAGUUAAAUUACAAAGUAAACGCUGCUUACCUAAAAUGCGUUUUAGAGUUUAAUGUGCGUAGCGUGUAGCUGCCUCUGUAGUUCUAGUCUUACCGAUAUUUAGCCUGCUAUGAAUCUUCACCUGUAGCAUUAGUAUGUUGUCAGGUAUUGUUAUUUAAUGAAAGUCCCUCGGUUAACGUUUUGCUUUGAUGGAUUUUCCACUCUUGCGCAGAUGCUUGCAGUCGUGCAUGCUAACACCAGUUGUAAGUCACAGUAACAAAAGCAUUCCGUUUUUUUGCUAGUGAUGGUGACGUGUUCCAAUUCUAAAGAUAAAAGAAAUAAAAAUCAAAUCUCGCCCGAUGUUUAAUGUCUUUGUUAAGUUUGGAUAAAGCAGACUUGUACAUUUUUGGUACAUUUGAAGUGCGGUGUAGAUAGUUUGAUGCUAGGCAUUUGCGAGCAGCCUAGAGUUAGAAAAUCCUACACGGAGCCACUUUUGGUUUGGUGUUUUUGUGAAGUUGACAUUGUAAAUACAUUUUGCGGGUUUAGAAAGUCCAUUCAUGACAAGAGUACAAAGCAUGUUCCUUCAUUCAUCCCAAAAGGCAGUUUCGCGCAACUUUUCACAGAAAUCCAGUGUGCUGAAUCAACUCAAAUCAUGAGUACAUUUGAUAUCCCAACCAUUCAUACAGUGCACGGCUAUCACGAGGGUGCAAUAUUUCAGUUGGAAGCAGCCUUCUGUAGCUGCACAAUCGGUGGGGGGGGGGGGCGAUGUCGCGAUGCCGUUUUACGAAACGGAAGGAAUUUGCGAGCCGACGUCAAAACUUGGACCUUCGUGACAGCGGCGGCGGCGGCGGCGGUGGCCGCAGUUGUUUUUGAACCGCCUCGCGGGAUCUUUAACGCCGUUCUGUGAAGGGCAACGCGCGUGGCCAUCGUGGUUAAUUCGCUCGCGGCAUUAACCAGGGAGGGGGGUGGCGGCUGCCGGUCACGAACCGCGAACCUUCGCGACAAGCGGCAAUCACCCGCUCCUGCUUGGCCAUGCCGACGUAGACAAAUAAAUCCCUAAUCGCUUGAGCAUUUCUGAGCAUGGCUUUUCUUUUUUUUCGCUUGCGGCAUUGACUCAUCAACUCGCCGAUCAGUUUUAAUAAAUCGCUUCGCGCGGACGUCAAAAGCUCACGGCAGAAAAAGUUCCGCCAGUCAGGCCGACCCCCCCCCACACACCCCCACACCCACGUGUGCUGUUGGUGUUGUCGCUAUACACCGACGAUUUAAGGUCGUGUGAAUGCAGCACAGAGAUACUGUAACUAUGGUAACAGCGGCCUUGUUGACUACGGUGAAAUUCCCGGCGCAAGCGCGGCGGUGACGCGGGCCCCCGGGGGCGGGCACGCUCGCCGCUCGUAGCAGAGGUUCGCGGUUCGAAUCUGGCUGACCACCCUGGUUAAUGCUGCGGCGCGGUGUAUUAACCGUGACUAAUGCUGCGGCGCGGUGUAUUAACCGUGAUUCCAUACGCGCCCGCUGUAGAUCCCGUGACGUUAUUCGCGAUAUAUACUCGAUUGGAAUAAAGGUCGCAGCCCUGGGCCCCCCCCCCUCCACCCAUGCUUCGAAAACUUUGGCAGGGCCCCUCCUGCAAAGCAGUCAUGAGACUCAGUGAGACUUUCCUCGCGUAAACAAACAAGCGGUAAAGGCCAUUUCGGUAAUCCCCCGUUGGCUGAAACCCACCAGGGCUGCCUGGGCCUCAGGCUCUGUCUGUUGUGACCCCCCCCGCCCCCCCGCAUCUCUCCCCCCCCCCCCCCCCUCUGCACACCCCCACCCCCCAGGUUUCAACGUUUUUGCUCCACCGUAGUUCUCCGUUAUUGACUCGAAGGCAAGACGGUUGCAGUGCAGUUCAUUAGGCUCGUUUCGAUCACCUUGAAAUCACAACUUGGCAAAUUGGGGUAGAGGAUAAAGAUGAGAAGCUGCAAAGAAAUGGGACUGAUUCGAUGCCUUGUCGUAGGUGGCUUUGUUGUGGCUGAAGGAAGAAUUAAGGAUGUUAAAACGGAUGAUGUGAAUUUGCUUACAAAUGGAAUUAUAUAAAACCUUUGGUGGAAUGUAGAGCUGGUUUGACUCAUUCAGAGUCCCACACUUUGGCAGCAACCAAAAGCCAUUCAAUAUUUUGAAAGUGGUCACUUCACUGCGGCAGAAGCAGCGUGGCAGAUACGGUACAACGUCGGGAUUAUCCAUCUUCGCUGAGGACUGAGAUAUUGGUGGGAACGCGAUAAGGUCAGGUUUGUGACCAUCUUUGUCAAAUGAGAGUUGCACCACCAUGCCAGAACGGGUUACUGGACAGGAUUAAAGCGCAAGCUGCGCUAACCAUUGGGAAACACUCGACUGUGCUUUGGAAACAAGCGAACGCACACGAGAUUAAGAGCACGUGACUUUUGUGCGAAAAGGUCGGAUUUUGUGAACAUUGGCAGAAUAUGACCACUACACCACCGUGCACAAAUGGAGUGCUGGGUUUUGCGCGGUUCAUUGGGUCGGGGGUGGAUAUGCGACAUCGUACUGUGUUGGAAAAAUAUUUCAGCCGUGCAGCGUUUGUGAUUUUUCGUCUGCUUUUUUGUUGUUGUUGCUGACGUCAAUUAAGGCACGGAUAUUGGAGACGCUGCCACCAAAAAUUGUGCAAUGUUCGCGUUGUAACAGCUGAAAGUCAGUGAGCGAGUGUGAGUUCAGCAGUGUGUUCACCGCUGACUGCCUCCAGGCCACAUUUCCUGCUACCCUCGAAAUAUUACGAGUGCAGUCUAAACACAUGCGAGGUCACUUCUGUGCCGCAAAGCCAGCAACACUCUUCGGCCAACAUGUCACAUCUCUCGAGGCAAUAAGUCAAUAGGUUAUAGCGGGCAAGGCGUCCUUAUUAAAUUAGUUUUCAUUCGGGCCCUUCCUGACCCUUGAUGUUGUGUUCUGCAUGUGUCCGCACGUGUGCACGUCCGCAUGUGCAUGCAUGAACGUUUUCGUAAUGGUUUAUUGUUGGCAAUCGCAUUGAUGUCCUUUGCAAUUUGGUGCCGGCGUCAAUGCAGUGGUCGCGUGGGUUGAGAUGUGUGCAAGCGCGUCGAGUGCGCUGGCGUUGUUCAUCUGUCGCCCGUCACUUUGCAGAGAGAGAGAGGGAGAGCGAGAGAUGGUUCCAUAUAUUUGGGCGCCAAGCGGUGGUGACACGUUUAGGAAUAUUCCAACAAGAAACAGAGUUGUUGCACUGCAGAGAUCUUUCUUGAACGCGUAACAUGCGAACGUCAUCCGUUACUUUAAAAGUCACCGCAAUCAUAGCGUACUUGAGUUAUUGUUAUUGUUUAUGCAAUGUAUCUUUAUUUGUAGCAGCAACAACAACAACAACAAAAACUAACAGAGUGCGGUGGGUGCCUGCGUAAAAAAAGUUAAUGUUCGCUUUAAAUAUUCAUCCGUGUGGAAGCAAUGUUCUACGUAAGGUAAACAUUUAAUAUAGUUAAGUACGUGAAGCUGGACUAACAUGAAUCGAUAGAAGCUUUUAAGGCUUGCAGCACCUCUCAAAAUAGCAGACACCAUUCAAGAUAUUUUACAUGUAUACAUAUACAUACAGUGAAGAGCUACUGCAUUCGAUACUCUUUGUGUUGAUGUUUUGAUGACAUGUGGGGGCAGUGUGGUAUCUUAUUCUCAUGGUGAAAGCUAAGCAUUUCAAAGGUUGUUCAACUGAAAGCCAUUCAUUGUGUGCUUAUGUACACAAAAUUAGGUGGCGUUGCUUCUGUAAUUCACUGUUGAUUGAUUUUUCCCUCCCUACACAUAACCUUCCAGCUUAGCAAUACACGCCCUCAACAAAGAAGUUCUGCGCAGGCCACCCGCGUUAUCAAUGCCAUACAUACUACAUAGUUUCCUUCCCGUGUGUGUAAAUAUAACAAUGCAAAUAAUAACAAAUAAUUAUUGUUAUUAUACAUUCAUGAUUAUAUAAUGGAUGUAAAUGACCUUCGAGAAUUUAAAAAGCAAGUUUUUUUUUAACUUCUUGGUUCUUUCGGUAAAGUCACGUAGAAUGGAAGUAUUUUUUAUUACUUUGUUUCCAUUCUACGUGACUUUACCGAAAGAACCAAGAAGAUGAAUCCCUGCAGUCACGAAAGCUUUAAAUCGAACUUUUUUUUUAAAUUCAUGCCGGAUCCUAUGUGAAAGGUAAAGAGGCAGCCCUGCAAUGUCUUACUCACGCCACUGCCUGAUUGAAGGGACUCCACUUCAGGGACUUCUAUAGAGCCCCUCCGGAGGGUUAUUUCUGGCUAAUCGUUCAUUCUGGCAGGACAACUUGGAAAAUAGGGGAGGAAUUUAAGAAACUUGUCCGUUGUUUCGUAUGCUGAGCCAGUGAGAUCGAACCGGCGACCUCUGGGUUGCAAUCCAGUGUGCUGACCGUUACACCGCUGGCAGCUUUGGGAUUAAUGUUGGGUCCUACGCAGUGAAUUUAAAAUGCCGUGGGGUGAGGGCAGGUUGGGCCAGGGAAUAGACUUGAUGGCGUAGUCUGGACCAUACCGUUCUAAAUGUGGGACCUGAUCUCAGUCGUUCUCUGGAGCUCACGUUGUUGCUUUAAAUAGGGAUUUAAACGAAUGCACGUUAAUCCUGUCGUGGCAGUUUCCUGCUGAAAUAGACGCCCAUUAGUUGAUACAAUGCUAAGUGCAGUUAUUUUUAAUUGAAACGAUGCCGUGCAUGUAAAGAGGCAUAUCUAUCAACAGGAGCUUUUUCCACUGUUAUUAUAAACCACGGCUAGGUAUGAAACACGGGACUAUGGUUUUUAUUUAAUAAGAAAGUUUUUUAGAUGUUACCCAUCACCGCCAGAAUGACCAAGCUUGAUGCACACGAAACUUGGUUCAGGUUUCCCAGAUUUAUUUACGCAAUUAUAUAUCUUUUUUUCUCUUGAAGUAAAUCGUUAAGUUAUAAAUUCUUGCAUGUUCACCGUCUAGGGCAAGCCACUUCAGG